AUGGAGAGUUAUAAUCAGAACCCACCAGAGUGGUUCACAAACGAAAUGAGUGAAAUUAAGAGGGAUAUUAAAUAUCUUAGGAGAGAUAUUAAAGAUCUUAAGGGAGAGUUUAAAGACCUUAAGAGAGAUCUUAACAAGGAUGUUAAAGAUCUUAAGAUAGAGUUUAAAGACCUUAAGAGAGAUCUUAACAAGGAUGUUAAAGAUCUUAAGGGAGAGUUUAAAGACCUUCACAUAUGA